AUGUUGUUGGCCUUCGCAUAUGCCCUGGCGGCGAUAUUCGCGUCACUGAUGCUGAACGAGGUCAGGCAUUUGCAACUCGCGCGAACCAUUGGUGGUUCUGGGAAAUCUGGCCAUACUAGGCACGCCGACGUGACCUCGAAAGUCGCCCAGGAGGCGCCACCUCAAUGUGUCGUCACAUCCUCCUCUCCACAGCCCUCAGUUCCGGGAGACUCGUGUAUCUGGGUGCCAGGCGGAGGGAGCACUGGAGAGUACGGUACAGGGACGCUGCACAGAGUCUGCAAUACAUCAUCUGUCUACGCUGAGUGCGUCGAGUGGAUCAAGAGGGAUCCUGAGAAGAUGCGUCGCAGCGAAGAAAUGGAAGCAAUGGAUCAAAGGGUAAGGGCCGUGGGCGAGCUAGUGAGUCGACAGAACGCAAUUGACGAGAAAGAGACUGUCAACGCAGUUGUUGACACACCAUCUGAUGACCAUCCUAGCAUCUUCAAAAUCCUUCUACCAGGCUACGCAGUGUGGCUAGCCUGUACGUUUUUGUUGAUGAGGAUACUGAACGACAAAUCGGCCAACGAGCACAAAGAAGCAGAUCGCAAAGUGUACGCCAAACCGGUCCGGGCUUGCGAGCGACCAGAACACAAAGUCCUGGACAAGACCACAUCUGAAGGGUCAAUUGUCCGUACGCACAGUCCUGGGCUGUGCGAUCAACCGGCGUUCGGCAUCGCGUUCGUUCCGUAUGAACCUCAAUGUUCAGUGCACGGAAAGCCAGAGCUGCAAGGAGAAGAGUCUGCAUGUGCUGCUAACGGCUGUGCGGGCUGCUGUAACGCCCGUUACCUGAAACGCCACCGUCCAAAGGCCCUCGAUGAAGUGUUCGAUCCCGUUGCGAUCGGUCUGUCGUCGUCCGCAGGCAGCGUUGCUUCGAAGGCCCAGGAAGAAAGCGCGCGUCCGUGUUGGCCCAUCGUAAUUGAUGCAGUACUAUCCGCAGACAACCAUGCCUCGCCGAACCAGCAUAAAAGUACGCCACUGGAGGCAAAGCGAGACCAGUCGCAGCCCUCGCAGGCCACGAAACGUCAUUGUCCCACAGUCACUGUUACCACGACGCAACAUCAACCCAAGCCGUCUCCUACAGCCUCUGCCGAAAGUUCGACGCUUUCCCAAGGGCUGAGUUCGGCCAAUCACUCCACUAAAGUCCCAGCGGAAACAGGACACCCGACUACGCGGGAAGUUCUCCGAGGACUCACUCCUUUGACCCAGAUGAAGCACGUUCCAAACCCUGAAGUUGCUUCGUUCGACGGCAGAGUCAAGGACACCGUCGUCAAGUCUCCAAAUUCUGCGGCCGUCUCGGUCGACAGCACGGUCAAGAAUGUCAUGACCCAGUCUUCAACUUCUAAAGCGUCCUCGUUCAACGAUAAGGUCAAGGACACCGUCACACAGGUCGCCAACUUACUCGAAGACCCCAGCCAACCGUGCUUUGACCCUUCGGAUCCGGCGGUUGGGCGGCUGAUCUGCCUCCCAUGGCAUCUCGUGGAGAGUGUUGAGAAGCUAGCCACUCAGAGUGUGCAACCCAUGCCUUUAACCGCGAGCCAUGCGAAAUUGACCAGACACAGUACAAUUCACUAUGGCGAUCAAGCCGCAAAGGCUGGGGAAAGCCACGUGAAGGUUCUUCAUUUAAUCAACGACAUCCAAAGAGCUAAGGUGCAAUCUAUGCGUGAGCAUGGUGUUUACCAUGAGCGUAGAAAGGGCCGAGAGGUCCACUUGACCAGUAGCGCGAUCGAAGCAUUGAGCGAGGCAAGAACUAAGAUCAAUGAUGCCAGCGUCGGCAAAAAGCAGAAGGCUGAAGAGGCUCCGGGCACUCCUGCCAGAUCAGCGACGAAAGGGCCUGUCAAGGUGGCCGACAAGCCGAAGCUCUCUACCGGACAAGGCAAUGCCGCUGCGGAAUCCACGGGCUCCUGGAGACCGUAUCGGGAAACCAGGGGCCGGAAAAUGUCAAGACUUGAGCAAGCAGCAGACAAUAUGGCUGGGUCAUGGCCGGAUCACAGGACCAACAUCGUGACUGCGAACAUUAGAUUGACAGUUGAGGGUAUCGACCAGGCAAUCACCGCCGUAAGAGCUGCUGCAGAGAGUCAAGCCGAAUUUGCAGCAGAGUCGAUCAAACUCAAGGCCGAGCUGGUGGAGGAUGAUGCGAAGGCAACGAAUGAAGAUACCGUUCAUGGGCAGCUGGACUCCAAAGCUGAGAGACCGUUACCAAGCGUCCCAGACAAUAUUGCCGCCAUCAAAGAGUCCAGCAGUAAUGCCAGCAACGCGACUGACACUGGCUUGCGGUCGGUGAUCCCAUAUGAGACCCGCAACCAUCAAAUCCCAACGCGCAUCGACACAUUCUGCCCGUGGCCGGCAGUUCUGGCGACGCCGGCGCCUUUGACUCAUCAUGAGACACGCACGGAUACAGAGCAACAUCAAAUGCUCACGCGAGCCGAUAUGCUUCGUCCGUCGCCCGCAGUCGUUCAAGUACCACCCGCGAAGCUUUACGACACGAACGCAUAUUAUAUGCACCAGCAGCCAACUACCGCAAGGCCCCCGACCCCCUACCCGCGGCCGAUGGUCACCAAACCGACACCUUCACAAAUUGACGGGCUAAGCACAGGUGAUAUCUGGCAACAUGACAACCCGAUGCGAAUCGACGACUUCUGCCCACGUCCGUCCGUGCAGGCGGACUCCACAUCUAUGAAGCCUGACGAUACAAGCACAGAUAAUAGCCGAGAGCAACAGACAACCACUACAAGGGAUCCCAGCGGACCCUGGCUCACAGCUCAAAGCGAAGCGAACUGGCUGAGGCUUACCAGCAACUUACAGAACAACACCUUUGACCCGUACCCAGCAGCCCCAACCACGCGUCCGUGGUUGGAAGUCCUAGCCAGCGCCCGCCAUCCAGAUCUCAAGUUGAAUACGCGCCUUGAUACGCUUGGCCCCAGGUCAACAGCUCCAAAGAUCGACGCAGACAUUGACGAUUUCUACCGUUCCAGUCCGCCUCCCCUGGAGUGGUCUCGCGACACCAGUUCGGAGUCGAGAUCGGACUCGGAUUCGGAUUCGGAUUCAUGUCCUUCCUUGGUUGACUGGGAUGUCCAUAUGGGAGAGAUCAGCUCGUUGGCAAGUGCGCAACAGUUUUGGAACGCGCUCGAUAAGCUAGUGGUAGAGAACGAUGUGGCGAAAAAUAAGGCCGGGACGGAGAAGGAGGGAGAGGCAGAUGAGAAGGAGAAGGAGGAUCAGAAGGAGCAGAAAGAGGAAGACAGCAAAGAUCACAAUUCAGAUGCUGCCGACGAUGCGGCCGCGAACAAGCCUGAAGCUCGACCAGUCUGCAAUGCUGCUGGAAGUGCACCGGCUACAGAAGACGACAGCCCCUACGAGGCUUCAGAGUCCCGCAGCUGCUCGUUAGAUGGAGACUUCCAGCACGUUGAAUACGCCAGCGACUGCUCGUGGGACUCCGAGUCUCCCAGUGUCUAUCCUGCAUCUGCCGCCGACGGAGACAGCUGGAGCAAUGCAAGUGCUGCCAGCAGUGAAAGCCUCGACGUAGCGAGCGUUGGGGUCUCCGGUUCCGGCGAGAGUGAGAACGAGAGUGAUGGCGACAGCGUGGACAGCAACGAUACUGUGUGGCGCACCAUACCCCAACAGCCGUCCGCUUCUACCAGUAGAGUCCGCGAGAUCGACAACAGUGUCGUUCCAAGUGUAUAUGUGCCAGGUCCGUGUGGAUGCUGGGACGCUGAAUGUCGGCACAUCUAG